GCACCUCAGGUUCAGUUGGAAGAUAACCACACUAGUGAGAGAGUCUUACUGAGACCGAGAAAGAAAUAUUUUUCAAAGACUAAACAAGAGACAGCGAUAGAGGAAGAGAGAUUGUCGUGUCUCUCAAUGGUUAACGAGACCGUUUCUUCUACAGCGCAUUGGAGUACAUCAAACACGUGAUCAGCAUGUGUAAAAUUCAGGGGAAGACUGUGUGCACUUGCGGGUUACCUGAAUUGGGUCGGGGCAGCGGCGGCGCCUCCAGCAGCGGUGGCAGCGGCGUCGUGUGCGGCGGGGCGUGGGCCGCGUCGCCUGCCGUCAAGCCGCUUGCGCUCGUGCCCUUGGACCUCGCCUCGCCCGUGACCUUUGACCCCGGCGCCCCCCCGUCGCGCGCCCCCGCCGACCCCCAGUCCGCCAGCGCAGCCUCCGCGGCGCACGAGGAACGGCCGGACACCUCCGCCGACGACGCCCUCAGGAAGGAGCAGCCGCUCAAGGAGUCGCACGGCGAGGAGGCCCCCGACGCCUUCCCCGGCAGCCUGCACCGCAAGCGCAAGGAGCACGCCGACGGCAAGGAGGGCGGCGAGCACGACCCCAAGUUUAUCAGGUCUACAAGGGAGGUCGUUGAUCACCUUGACAGCAUUCGCCCCAAGGUCACACCAUAUUCCAAGGAGCUGCUGGUGGGCACAGGUGUUGGCCCGCUGUUGUCACCCGCCUCGCCCGACGACUCUCUGCCCUCGACGCAGGACGAAGACGAGGAUGCCACGUCACAGAGCCCCGAGAGCAGCUGCGUGUCGGCGCAGGACUACUGGGAGACCGGGGGCGAGAGCGACCUGCGCGACGAGAGCGAGCGCGACGAGGAGGAGGGAGAGGAGGACUUCGGCGGAGGAGGAGGAGGAGGAGGAGGAGGUCUGGGAGGAGUGAACGACAGCCACGAGGAGCGACGUCUGAACGAGCGCUCGUUCCCCCGCUCGUACCCGCAGUCCUCGCGGCGGCCGAGGCGGCGGACCAAGAAGAGGCACCACAGCCACAGCCCACAGGACAGUAGCACGCGCUGCCAGUCUUCGGAGGACGACGAGAGGUCAUCGUCCUACCUGAGGUCGUUGACGUCCGAGGAGGAGGAGCCGACCCGCUACGACCCCGUGCCCUCCGACGUCGUGUCGUGCCAGCCAGCUACCCAGUCCGUCAGGCCCGCGUCGCCAGUCAGUCGCGAGCCAUCGCUGGGCUUGAGCGAGCUGCUGAACGCCGGCGAGCCCGUGACGAGCGACCGCGGCUCGUGGGGCAUGCGCGAGGCCUCCCACUGCGACUCGUGGCACCGCACUGCGCCCCGCUACAGCCGCUUCGACGACGAGAGCACAAUGCAGAGCAACUGGUACCGCAGCGACGAGGACGACAUCAUCCUGUCGCCGCGCGCCUCGGAGGCGUUCAAGGACGUGGGUCCCGCCAACGGGUCCGAGGACUACAAGACGCCGCCGGGCCAAGGGGCGGUCAAGAUCCUCAUGAAGAACAUCAACUCCAUCAAGAAGAAGAUCAAGCGCUACGAGGAGGAGUUCGAGUCGGCCUUCGGCUACCGCCCUUCGCACAGUGAGAAGAUGAAGCACAAAGAGAUCAAGAAGUACAUGAGCGAGCUCAGCAAGGCCCGCAAGGAACUCAAACAGAUGAAGGACGACGUCGCUGGCAUGAUGUCGGUGCCAACGGUGUUCCCCCUGUCGCUGCUUCGGUGCCAGGAGUCGACCAACCCCAACGCCAGGCCCAAGAACACCUCCGGCACGGCAGACACCAUCCGCCAGGUGGAGGACAGACUGCGGGAGAAGAGGACGGCCUCGGGACGCCCAUUGGAACUCACCAACAUGAACAAGACGGAGAUGCAGGAGGAGAAGACCGCCCUGCAGAAGGCGCUCCUGUACUACGAGUCGGUUCACGGACGACCCACCACGAGAGAGGACAGAGACCUAGCCCGGCCCCUGUACGACAGAUACCGCCAAGUCAAGAGGAUUGUCAUGAGAUCGAGUUCGAGAGCCAAGGAGAACAUGGUGGAGCUGGCCCCGAUCUUGGAGCACGAAGCGAUGGACUUCACGCUGGCCUCGCCCCAACACCGGGGGUCGCUGCAAGGCGACGAAAUCGAGAAGAUCUCCCUGCCGCCUUCCCCGCCCUCCACCCCGCCCGUCUUCGACUCCCCCGUCUUCGAGGCGCCACAGACCACCACCACGACAACGACGACCACGACGAUGCCCGGCGACGAUCCAAAGGACACCCGGCGUGGCGUGCCCCUCGGCGACCUCCACGCGCUGCCCCUGAGCGAGCUGCGGGAGAGGAAGAAGGAGGCGCGCGACGAGAAGAAGAAGCUUCGGCGAGCACUGCGCGAGUUCGAGGAGACCUUCGAGAGGGACAUGGGGAGGAAGGUCCAGAAGGAGGACCGGGGCCCCAUGGAGCAGACUUACCUGGAUUACAAGCACGCAAAAGCGAAGUUGAGGCUGCUUGAGGCGCUUUUGUCCAAACACGAGCCUCACAAGGUUUGAGUAUUUUUACAUUCAACUACCCUAGGAUAAGUGCUGAUAGAAGAGCUUAUUUUUGGGGGAAAGCAGAAGUUUGUAAUGUGCUUACAUUAUAUUAAAGCAGUAAAUGUUUACUGUAAGUGGAUUAGGACGAAGUAGGCUCAGCUGUAUUUCGCGUCACUCGACGAGAAAGGAUCGCCGAGUGAUGCAACUCGUUUACAGAUUGUCUAUUUUGCUGUACUAGCAGAAGAGCGAGGUUUAUGGAGGACACAAGGGAAGGACGUCCCAGUCCAUGUUCCGUGCUCUGGUCGACAGGCACUGAUUAUGCAUGAACUGUGAUACAGAUAGUUGUCAAAGUUCCCAAUAUGGUUUAAAGAUUAAUUAAGGUAGAAAAUCCCUUGUUUUGAAUCUUCAUUACUAACAGUAGGUUUAAUAGUGUCUCCCAUUUCUUUUGUCUAAAUCUGCACUUUUGGAAUUAUUUUUUUCGUUAUUCAGAUUGUAGGACAUAUGAGAUUGGGAUACUUAUUUAGUUGGAAGAUGUGGAUAGCAUCUUGCAUAUACCAUCUUUAUUAUUAUGAUUAUUGUUAUUACAACUAUUAUUAUUACUUUUUUUUCUUAUUUUUUUGUACCACAGAAUUUCUAAUGCAUUGAAGCUUCCAAAUAUGCUUUCUCCUUAUAAAAAUCAGAACUGUGCUAAGUGUGAGGUACCUGAAUGUAGCGUUAAGGUACAGGAGCUGUGUGGACGUCUAGGGGCACGAUGACUUGGAUAAUGUGGCGAGGUUGGGGUUUCAGUUUUUUUUUCUCUCUUACACCCUUGUUCUUGGUUCGCAGCCGUUGGGGGAGAUUCGCGUGUUAUUUGUCUGAGAAGAGAAGACGGAGAGGAAAAAAGUGAAUUUAACAAAAGGAUUCGGAGAUAUCAUUUCAUGCUUUUCGGGAGAAAUGAAUUGAUCAUUUCAAAUUUCAAAAAAAAAGAGAGAAAAAAAUGUGUUUGAGUUCUUUGCGAUGGUGUUCCGUGUUUCCUCAUUUUGCGAAUAGGAUUUUUUUGUGUAAUGUGGAAAACGUCUUUCCUACGACAGAUGAACUGUGUAAAGGGUAUAAAAUGACACAGGUUUAAUAGAGAAUGGGUUUAUUUUUGGUCUGCUUGUCACAUGAUGAUUUACAAGUAUAUCCUAGACAAAAGAAUGUUGUGGUAUGCAUUUACUGUUUGUAAGUGUAUGAAGAAUAUGACUACUUAUCACUGUUGGAUGUAGGAGAUUUGUAGCCUAUUUUGUAUGUGUUACCAUUCCACAGUGGUUACCCUACAUAAAUAAUAUAUGGCAGCUUGUAUGCUGCAUCUUCAGUGUACUUAGUUGUUAAAACACACAAAUCUCUCGUGUAUUGUUAGCAAGAUGCAUUUGGACAUUGUUGUCAAGACUGCAGAUUUUUUUUCAUAUAUAUUGUUUGAAAAGCAGGUUUGUUGUGGAUGCAAUUGCAUUUUGUAUCUAUAAUUAAGAAGGCGUGUUCAGAUCGUCAAGUUUUCCUGCAUGUACGAGCUAGCAGUGAUUUCCAGAAAACUUAUUGAAGCCUGAAUAAUGUAUGUGCUCAUCCAAAAAAGUCUUCAUAUUAAAGCUUGGAAUUACUAUCUGAUAAAUGUAACAAGUAAGUGUAGUUUAAUGUUUGCUUUUUACAGUUAUAUCCAUGCAAAUGCAUUCACUGUUAUUUGAAGAGUGGAGUUUUAUAACAGGCUGUAGGGUAUAGUCAGUGCAUUCACAAGUAGGGUUAAAAAAAUGACCAGUGAUGAUACAAUAUUGAAGUGUUCUUGCCUCUGUAGUUCAUUGCAGCUUCAAACUGUCUGUUGUUACUUUGAUAUAAAUAGUUAGAUAAAUAGUAUUAAUGAUAUCAUAUAUAUAUGGUUAUGUAUAUUAAUGCUCUAGAUUAUGAAGUAAAAAUGAUAUGGUCUUGUACCUGUUAGGAUAUUCAGACAAGAUUACUAGAGAAAUUGAUAUUAUCCUAUGUGAAAAUGAGAUAUUGAUUGUAGUGGUUGUUUGCUCAAAGCAAGGAAGAAAAAAUAACAAAAAGAAAAUGUUUUCUUCACCCAUUGAUCAUGCAUGUCUCUGCAAAAUGAUCAUAUGAAGUCUGACCUUCAUUCUUACUGCCAAAAAAAGGAGAAGGAAAGAAAAAAAAGGAUGCAAAUGAUGAAUAAAUAUUUGACUUUACAAACAA